AUGUGGAAGAGAUCGUUCCACUCCCAAGGAGGGCCCCUGCGUGCCAGAACAAAGUUUACCAAACCAAAGCCAAAACAACCGGUGCUUCCCAAAGACAAAAUAAGACCGCCCACUCAAUUGACUCAUCACUCCAACAACCUGAGGAUUACCGAACCAAUCCCACCAACAACCUCAAACCUGCGCUGUCCCGACGACCACCCGCUGUGGCAGUUCUUCUCCAACAAGAAAUUCAUCAGGUCCGCCGACGACUUGCCGCCUUCCAGCCAUAUCAGACCCUGGAGCAUCCCAGAGUUGAGGCACAAGUCCUUUAACGACUUGCAUUCCCUUUGGUACAACUGCCUCAGGGAGCAAAAUGUGCUUGCUCGCGAAAACCAUCUCUUGAAAAACAUUGUUGGCUCCACGCAUGACGAAUUCAGUGAGCUCUCUAACUCUAUCAGAACCACCAUGUGGCAAAUAAGACAUGUACUUAACGAAAGAGAGCUGGCCUAUAGCGCUUCACGCGAAUUUUUACAGGAUGAAUCGGAGAGGAAAAAGUUCUUGGAUACUUUGGCCAACGAUUACUUCUUGAACAAGGAUAUCCCUGAUGACGAAGUCGCCUCCAUGCUCACACGAUUCCAGUUGGCCAUUUUCGGCAUAUCGGAAACCAUCCAGGAUAAUACAGUCGACAUUAACUUCAUCGACGGGAUCAAGUUCUUGGCAAACUUAAAACUACAGCGGUUCAAGGACUCCAAUGACCUCAUAUCCGAAAUAUCACAAGAACCGAUCACAGACGUGGGCGAGUCGUUCAUCUUAUUCACUUCCGACUUCGAACCUCAUGCCGUUCAAGAGGCUUGUGUCGCCAUCAAAGACCUGAGAAAGUCCCCAGAUAAUAAAGUCCCUAAAUUAGACGAACUCCCCACCGUGAGAAAAUACUUGAAACAGCUAAUUCAUGCAAGCUCCGUGGAGCAAGCAACUGCAUGA